AUGGGCUUACGUGGAGCAUGGACAUUCAUCCGUGGUAAUCGGAGAGAAGACAGGACGGCAGCACAGAUGCAGGCAGCUUGCCAAGGUGGAUGGAAGACGCUCGGGGUGUUUAGCCAAGACUCUCAGAGGUAUUGGCUGGAUCCUGCAAAAACCCUUGCUGAACACAAAGAACUGAUUAACACUGGACCUCCGUAUACUUUGUAUUUUGGUAUUAAAUUCUAUGCCGAAGAUCCAUGUAAUCUUAAAGAAGAAAUAACCAGAUAUCAGUUUUUCUUGCAGGUGAAGCAAGAUGUCCUUCAGGGCCGGCUGCCCUGCCCUGUCAACGUGGCUGCUCAGCUGGGAGCAUAUGCCAUCCAGUCUGAACUUGGAGAUUAUGACCCGUAUAAGCAUACUGCGGGAUAUGUGUCAGAGUACCGGUUUGUUCCUGAUCAGAAGGAAGAACUCGAAGAAGCCAUAGAAAGGAUUCAUAAAACUUUAAUGGGUCAGGCUCCUUCUGAAGCGGAACUGAAUUACUUGAGGACUGCCAAGUCCCUGGAGAUGUAUGGCGUUGACCUCCAUCCCGUCUAUGGAGAAAACAAAUCUGAGUAUUUCUUGGGACUAACUCCAGUUGGUGUAGUUGUCUACAAGAAUAAAAAGCAAGUGGGGAAGUAUUUCUGGCCUCGAAUUACAAAGGUUCACUUCAAGGAGACACAGUUUGAACUCAGAGUACUGGGAAAAGAUUGCAAUGAAACCUCAUUCUUUUUUGAAGCUCGAAGUAAAACUGCCUGCAAGCAUCUUUGGAAGUGCAGUGUAGAACAUCAUACAUUUUUUAGAAUGCCAGAAAAUGAAUCAAAUUCAUUGUCAAGAAGACUCAGCAAGUUUGGAUCCAUGAGUUAUAAGCACCGGUAUAGUGGCAGGACGGCAUUACAAAUGAGUCGAGAUCUUUCUAUUCAACUUCCCCGGCCAGAUCAGAAUGUGGCAAGAAGUCGAAGCAAGACUUACCCUAAGAGAAUAGCACAAACACAGCCAGCUGGAUCAAACAGCAUAAAUCGGGUAACUGUGAAUGUGGAAAAUGGAGAAAAUGAAGGAACAACUAAAAUUAUUGCACCUUCACCAAUAAAAAGCUUUAAGAAAGCAAAGAAUGAAAACAGCCCUGAUACCCAAAGAAGCAAAUCUCACGCACCGUGGGAAGAAAAUGGCCCCCAGAGUGGACUCUACAACUCUCCCAAUGACCGCACGAAAUCCCCAAAAUUCCCCUACACGCGCCGCCGGAACCCCUCCUGUGGGAGCGACAAUGACUCUGUGCAGCCAACGAGGAGAAGGAAAGCCCAUAAUAGUGGUGAAGACUCGGAUCUAAAGCAAAGGAGGAGGUCGCGCUCACGCUGUAACACAAGCAGCGGUAGUGAAUCAGAAAACUCUAACAGAGAACACCGGAAAAAGAGAAACAGAAUACGGCAGGAGAAUGAUAUGGUUGAUUCAGCGCCUCAGUGGGAAGCCGUAUUAAGGAGACAAAAGGAAAAAAACCAGGCGGACUCCAACAACAGACGAUCCAGACACAGAUCUCGCUCGAGAAGCCCUGAUAUCCAAGCAAAAGAAGAGUUAUGGAAGCAUAUUCAAAAGGAACUUGUGGAUCCAUCUGGAUUGUCAGAAGAACAAUUAAAAGAGAUUCCGUACACUAAGAUAGAGACUCAAGGUGACCCAAUCCGCAUCAGGCAUUCUCAUUCGCCACGAAGUUACCGCCAGUAUCGCAGGUCCCAGUGUUCAGAUGGGGAGCGAUCCGUUCUCUCGGAAGUGAAUUCAAAAACAGAUCUCGUUCCUCCACUUCCCGUGACCCGUUCUUCCGACGCUCAGGGUUCUGGUGGCUCCACCGUUCAUCAGAGAAGAAAUGGGUCUAAAGAUAGCCUGAUUGAAGAAAAAUCUCAGACAUCUACAAGCAGUCUGGCUGGAAAACACACAGCAAAAACCAUAAAAACCAUCCAAGCUUCACGCCUGAAGAUAGAGACUUGAUUCCAGUGAAGACAGGCUUGGGACAGGCGAAGGGAAGGGUGUGUGUGCCACCUUUACUUUGAAACUGUGAAUUACAACUACUCAGAUACCUUGGACCUGCAGAAGUUUCUUCAAAAGAAAACACUGAGUCUGUUGCUUCUUUUUAAGGUUUGACUGCAGCAUAUUUGUGCCGAAGGGCCUUUUGAUUUGGUAACUGGAAGGAUAGUGGUCUUGUAAAAACUCCUUCACUUGAUGCCAUAUUUUCUUUCCUGGAAACCCCAAGUAUCUUGUGUCCACCACAACCAAGACCAGAUGCUUCUGAUCAAAGUUCUGGAAUCCUCGUCUGCAGCUGGCUAGCUGUGCAAUAGUACACCGAAGGGGAUGAAAACGUUCUUCCCAAUCCUGGGUGGAUCUCAGACUGCACAGAUGUGUGAAGACUGAGGCUUGCCUUUCAGACUGCAGAUAUUUUUAUUCAUAUAAAUAGGAUCUUUGUUAAUACUGUAUUUUGUGGCAUUAAGUUCCACUUGUUAUUUACUAAUGUAAAAAAGUUUUUGUUUGUAAGUGUUGCUUUUAAUUUCUAGUGUCCUUGUCUUGUGCUUUCAGAGAAAAAAAAGCUGUCUGUGGGUUUCAGUUGACCUCAGCUUAUAAAUUCAUGACCCUCAACCUCAAAUGGUCCCUCCACCCUGCUUGGCUAUGUACUUCUCCCCUAUUUCAGACCUUUCCUCUCUGCUGAUGACUUUGCAAUCUACUUAAAAGGGAAAACAGAAACACUCAUGCGGGGUAUCUUUUAUCUUCCCCUUACCAAACCUCUCCUCGGCUGCCAUCAACACUCAUCCUUUCCUCCUCCCCCUCCACCUGUACUUCGGAGCCUAGCUCCUUCAGCCUCCCUGCCCCUGCUCUCUCCUGUAUUAAUAUAUUCAACCUCUUCCUCCCAGCUAGAUCCUUGCCACUUGGUUUUAAACUUUUAAGACUACCAUCUAAAAUAAACCAACCAACUUUCACAACCAUAAAUCCCUCUCCAGCUACCAUUUCUCUCUCCAAUUCUAAAUUUCUUGGAAGGAUUAUCUGUAGCCGGUGUCCUCAGUUCAUCUAUCUUCACACUGGUCCAAGAUGGUUAUCUCUUGCCUAGACAACUGUAGUAGCUUCCAAUUGGCUCACCUGCAUCCCCUUUCUUGCAAAUGUAAAUUUCUAUCACAGACUUUAACACAGCUGUAAGUGUUCUGGCAUCUUACCUGUUCAGCCUCUUGUUAACACUCUGAGCUCCCAUAGUGGACACCUUACAAGCCUUAAAGCACUCAACUCUUGUCUAAAUCAGGGCACUUAGUGGGCAAAGCAACUACAACUGCUGUAAAAGUAGACUUACGGUCAUAUCCUUUUUCUAGCCCUAGGGCUCUGCAUACGCCAUUCCCCCAACUUUGCCUUGCAAAAGUGCUACCUACCCUUUAGUCACAAGUCUGCACUCUUAGGUUUCCCUGAUUUGGUCAAAUCCUAUCAUGCAUGGGAUUUGUCUCACAAAGGCAGUUUUACAUUUGUGAUGACAUCUCCAACUGUAAGCUUCCAGAGGGAGCAACCGUGUCUCGCUCACCAUUGUGUCCCCAGGUCCUGGUACAGUGCUUUCAAUAAAUUUUUUCAAUGCCUAAA